AUGAAUGACUCAAGAAUUUCAGAAUUUCUCCUUCUGGGAAUUUCAGAAGACUCCACAUUGCAGCCUGCCCUCUUUGUAUUGUUCCUGUCCAUGUAUCUGAUCACUGUUCUUGGGAAUCUGCUCAUCAUCUUAGCUACAAUCUCAGACUUCCACUUGCACACACCUAUGUACUUCUUCCUCUGCAAUCUAUACUUUGUGAACAUCUGUUUAACCUCUACUACUGUCCCAAAGAUGCUGAUGAAUAUGCAGGCACAGAGCAAAGCUAUAACAUACAAAGGCUGCAUCACCCAAAUGUACUUUUUCAUAUUCUUUUCAGGGUUAGAGAUCUUUCUAUUGACCGUGAUGGCCUAUGACCGCUUUGUGGCCAUUUGUCACCCACUACACUACACUGUUAUCAUGAACCUCCAGCUGUGUGUGUUACUCGUUCUUGUGUCCUACAUGGUGAAUGUCCUACAUUCGAUCCUACAAAGCUUAAUGGUGUUGCAGUUGACCUUCUGUAAAGACUUGGAAAUCCCACACUUUUUCUGUGAACUUAAUCAGGUAGUCCACCAGGCCUGUUCUGACACCUUGCUUAAUGAUGUGGUGAUUUACUUGGCAGCUGUGCUAUUGGCUUUUUGUUCUCUUGCUGGUAUCUUUUAUUCUUACUCCAGGAUAGUUUCCUCUAUCCGUGCAAUCUCAUCAGAUCAGGGGAAGUAUAAAGCAUUUUCUGCCUGUUCAUCUCACCUCUCAGUGGUCUCCUUAUAUUACUGUACAAGCAUAGGUGUGUACCUCAGUUCUGCUGUGACUCAAAACUCACACUCAACAGCAGGAGUCUCGGUGAUGUAUAGUGUGGUCACCCCCAUGCUAAAUCCCUUCAUUUAUAGUCUGAGGAACAAAGACAUUAAGAGUACUCUUACAAAACUAUGUGGGACAGAAAUAAUAAAAAUACUGCUUGCCCUGAGACUGAAAAAGUGUCCAUGA